AUGAAGCUCCAUCCUCCCGCCGGAAGCUUCAUGGGCGGCGGGUGGGCCCCGAAUUCAACCAACGAAUAUAGCUUGGGUUAUAAUUCCGGCCAAAAUAUGGGUGGUAUGUACCAGUUCAGGUACGAGGAGCUUGCCGCAGCCACCAACGGAUUCUCUCAGACCAACCUGUUGGGGCAAGGCGGCUUCGGCCCCGUGCACAAGGGUGUUUUGCCCGAUGGGAGAGAUGUUGCCGUCAAGAGCCUCAAGAGCGGAAGCGGCCAGGGCGAGCGAGAGUUCCAGGCUGAGGUUGAGAUCAUCAGCCGCGUCCACCACCGCCAUCUUGUCCCCCUUGUUGGAUACUCCAUCGCUAGUGGGAACAAACUCCUCGUCUACGAGUUUGUUCCUAAUAAGACGCUUGAGUUCCAUCUCCAUGGGAAAGGCAAACCUGUGCUUGAUUGGGCGACGAGGCUUCGUAUUGCAGUUGGCAUGGCCAAGGGACUUGCACACCUACAUGAAGAUUGUUCACCACGAAUUAUCCACCGUGAUAUCAAAGCCGCAAACAUUCUUAUUGACAACAACUAUGAAGCAAUGGUGGCUGAUUUCGGAUUGGCUAAACUCACUACUGAUAACAAUACUCAUGUCUCCACACGCGUAAGGGGAACUUUUGGGUACCUAGCACCGGAAUAUGCAUCGAGCAGGAAACUAUCGGAGAAAUCAGACGUGUUCUCAUUCGGGGUGAUGCUGCUGGAACUCAUCACCGGGCGGAAGCCAAUCGACCUCUCAAACAACAUGAUGGAAGACAGCCUAGUAGACUGGGCGAGGCCUCUUUUAACAAAGGCAAUGGAAGAUGGCAACUUCGAAGAUCUGGUGGAUCCACGGCUUGAGGGUAAAUUCCUCCACACCGAGCUAGCUUGUAUGGCUAGCUGUGCUGCUGCAAGCAUACGACACUCAGCGAGAAAACGGCCUAAAAUGAGCCAGAUAGUGCGGGCGCUUGAUGGGGACUCCUCGUUGGAGGACUUGAACGAGGGGGUGAAGCCGGGGCAGAGCAACGGGGGGACUGAGGUGUACGACUCGCGCGCCUACAAUGCCGACAUGUUAAAGUUCAAGAAGAUGGUCAUGGCGUCUGGAGAAUUCACCGCUACUGACUCCCCCGAUGUUGAUAGCCAUUGA